CCUCGUUUUGGUCACGUUCGUAUUUGUACACUUUCAGCUCAAUUCUACUUUUCUCUCUCUAAUUAUGACUUCGUCACUGCGAAAUUCGAUCCAUCGUCGCAAUCACAAGGAGCGAUCCCAGCUUGCUCAUAGGGCGAAGCUUGGGAUCCUAGAGAAGCAUGCAGACUAUGUCAAGCGCGCACGGGACUACCAUUCGAAACAGGACAAGUUGAACCGGUUGAGGCAGAAGGCUGCCGACAGGAAUAAAGAUGAAUUUUAUUUUUCGAUGACGAAGGAGAAGACCAAGGGUGGAGUCCAUGUCAAGGAGAGAGGAAAUGUCGCGUUGCCUAUUGACAUGGUAAAGGUGCUAAAAACGCAGGAUGAGAAUUACAUCCGGACGAUACGAGCAGUUGGCUUGAAGAAAAUCGAUAAAAUAAAAGUCCAGCUUUCCGACAUGGUCGACUCGGUCACCGACGAAGAUUAUGAGGAGCUCGGUGACGGACAAAUAAAACUCUUGGAAGAGGCUGGAGUUAUCCCAAAGACCAAGAAGGGUCGACGGAAGUCAAAACAUACGAUUUUCGUGGAAAAUGAGGAUGAAGUACGCAAGUACAAACCCGAAUCGUCUCCGGUAGUAAUCCACGAAGAAACAACACAAGAGGAGGAGGAGCCUAUAGAUCUGGGCUGGAAACAACCGUCAGAAAAGAAACGGUCCAAGAAGUCCAAAAAGUUUUCGGAAAACGACGUCGAGAUGGAAAACAAGGAAGACGAACGUGGCCACAAUCAUGAAGCAACUUCUCGCAAUCGUCAACGCCUCUUUCGAGAUCUCGCAGCGCGAUUGGCCCGCGACAAACAGCUUCGUUACGCGGAACGGGAGUUUGAAAUGCAACGGCUCAUGAUGGGGAAAGGCGCUCGGAAAAAGCUCAAGGGGGUCGAAAGGGUGGAUGGGAGCAGAGACGACAGUGAUGAAGACCAAGAUGAGCUUGAUGCACGAAAGGGCAAGCCAAUCGCGCACAUUGUAUCCAAGACGUAUACACCUCGCGUUUAUAAAUGGCGGCGAGAACGGAAGAAAUAGAUCUCAU